AGACUUGAGGCUUUGAUGCCAGUCAGAGAUCAGUUUGGUCUGUGCACACUGAACGUGCACACAGCUGCAAACCUGACAUGGUGGGCGGAGCAGACUGGAAAACAGGAAGAUAUAACCAGAAUGGGGUUUGUGCAAUACUUUGUGGCUCUUUGGUUGCUGGGUGCAGAGUUGGUUCUCACCUUUCCCAUGGACACAAGUGGGGUGGACAAUCAGGGGUGCAUGAUGUGCUCUCCAGGGACGUUUCAGAAGUCUUGUGCAGAGUGUAAGCCUUGUCCUCCCGGCAGCUACACUUCAAAUCGGAACCAUGAAGACAGUUGUCAUCCCUGCUUCAGAGAUUGCUCACCAAGAUACCACCUGAAAGUGGUUGAGAACUGCACAAGGACUUCCGAUCUGAAGUGUGAAUGUGAGCCUGGUUACAGGUGCAUUGAGAAGGUGCCGCACUCUGAAAACUGCAGACAAUGUCAAAUAAUAAUUGUCGCGACGACUCCAGGCAAACUGAAGCAGGUGCCUUUCCCUGGUUUCUCCAGUCAGACCAAACCCUGCCAGUCACCCAACUGUGGCCUUCAAGCAAUCACAACAGCGCGUACCAAAAUAACCACCUCAUCAGGAAACUCUCAGCUUGCAGUCAUCUUGUCUUCAUCUGUUUUCCUGGGAUUUGUGGCCUUCGUCAUCAUGCUCUGCAUUUAUCGCCCUACAAAUGGGAAAUGCUUGAGGCAGACCAUUACUAAGUUAUGCAAUGAGAAACGGAAAGAUAUAUCUCAGACCCCCAGGGACUCUUAUACUGCAAGGCAGCAGCCCCCCUCAGCAGCCAAUCUGGGUCCAGUCCACGUUCACAACCCGGGUACGGUCAUCUUCAGCUUGCUCAAUCAGUUCACGGGGCAAGUUGGGCCGACCAUCGGUGGGAAGAGAGCUGAGAGAACAAGCAAUGAGGAAGAGGAGGAGAGAAACUGCCCCGUGUUUCAUCCCGCAUCUUCACCCAGCAUUCACUUCUCGGAGGAGGAGAGGAGUGGAGAGGUGGACAACGUAUUCUUCCCCUCCCAGGAGCACGGAAAGGACUGCCACGUCUCCAAAGAGGAAGCAUUUGUUGGGAAGCCAUGACUUGCUACACUUAGACUGACCAUUAAAAAAAAUCACUUGAAGGAGGGACUUCUAAAAGAGCAGAAACAACAGCCACAGAUGGGAAAAUGAAAGUUUCGAGGAUCACAACUGAAAACAACCUGCAAGUUCUGGGAGAAAAAAACUGCACAUAAGAAACUCUCAUUUUUAUUUUAAGUUAUAUUUAAAAAUACAUUACUUGUAAAUAUUUUUUUUAUUAUACUUGAAUGUUAGAGAUUAAAAUUGUGAUAUUGAA